AUGAGUUACAAGGACUUUGUCAAUUUGAAGUCUAACAACUUGGGUCAUGGUAGUGAGGAUGAUGAUCAAGCUAGUGUUGAUGAUGAGACCGUCACUUUAAUUAAUAGUGAGGCACCACCUCCUACCAAUGUCAUGUAUAUACCUCAAGAAGGAAGAUUUUCUAAUGAAACAUCGACUUUAAUCGAUGGUCAAGGAGGUGAACUGUCAUCUUCAGCAGCUGGUUUUGGUUCAUCUCAUAGGAAACGUUCAUUAGGGUUAAAUACUACCAUUCAACAAUUACAUUAUAAUGAUAAUAAAAUUGCCUUAGAUAGGUCUAUAAAUCAAACCAUUGAUUUAAUCUAUGAAAUCAGUCAAGAGAAUAAAGAAAGACCGAUCUUUUAUCCUACUGAUGUUGAAGAUGAUAAUAAUGUAUUAUUGAAUUCAAAACGAGCUCAUUUAGCUCUUGUCAGAAAUAAUUCAUCAGCUUUAAAAGCAAUAGAGAAAUCAAGCUUAAAAGAUAAUGAUCAAGAUCUUCCUGAAUUUAAAAUCCUUAAAUUAAACCUUAAAAUUGGAAAUAAUAAUCAUAGUAGUGAUAAUUUAGUAUCAAAUUUAGAUAAAAAGGCAAUCGCUACUCUUUUAGAAAAGAAAUUUGGUCAAUUAGUCAAAUAUUUAUUAAAUUUAAAAGAUAGAAUUGAUGAUACUACUUCAAAAGUAUUCGUAACGGGGGAUUUAAAUGCAGGGAAAUCGACAUUCUGUAAUGCUUUAUUAAGAAGAAAAGUUCUUCCUGAAGAUCAACAACCUUGUACUUCAGUAUUUUGUGAAGUUAUCGAUGCAUCAAAAGAAAAUAAUGGUAUUGAAGAAGUUCAUGCUAUUCCUAUUGGGAAAGAAUAUAAUAUUAGAGAUGAAUCAUCUUAUCAAAUCCAUCCUUUAAAGAAACUUGAAGAUUUGGUUUAUGAAUGUGAUUCCUAUAGUUUAUUAAAAGUUUAUGUGUUGGAUCAAAGAAGUUUAGAAGAAAGUUUACUUCAUAAUGGAGUCAUAGAUAUUAAAUUGAUUGAUGCUCCAGGUUUAAAUAUGGAUAGUUUCCAAACUACUCAAGUUUUCUCAAGACAAGAAGAAAUUGAUUUAGUAGUAUUUGUGGUAAAUUCCGAAAAUCAUUUCACAUUAUCGGCUAAAGAAUUCAUUUCAACUGCUGCUGCUGAAAAGAGAUAUGUCUUUAUCGUGGUGAAUAGAUUUGAUAAUAUUAAAGAUAAAGAAAAAUGUAAAGCUAAAAUCUUGGAUCAAGUUAAAAGUUUGUCUCCUGAUACUUAUAAAAAUGCCAAAGAUUUUAUUCAUUUUGUUAGUUCGAGUGAAAUCGUUGAUAAACUUCCUAGUGAAGGUGAUGAUGGUCCUGGUAGUGGGGAUGAUGAUCCUGAAGGUCCAAAUGAUCCUGAUUUUGAUCAAUUAGAAGCAUCAUUAAGAAAAUUCAUCUUGGAUAAAAGAUCAAUAUCAAAAUUAUUACCGGCAAAAAGUUAUAUCAUAAAUCUUUUACAUGAUUUACAAACAUUAUCGGAGAUCAAUCAAACUAUUUAUAAAACUGAAGUUAGUGAAAAGACGCAAAUUUUAAAUCAGCAAGUGGCACCAAAAUAUAAUGAAAUGAUUUCUAAAAGUAAUAAAGUUAGUGAACUUAUCAAUGGAAUCAUUGAAAACACUGCUGGAGACCUUUAUGAAACCAUUAAGAAGAAUAUCAACACUACCGUGCUUGAGUUAGGUGAUAAGCCUAUUAUUAAAUAUCAAGGAUUACAAAGCAUAUAUGAAUAUGCCAGAGGAACUCAACAAAUGAUGAUCAAGAAAAUCAUAAGUGAAGUAGAAACCAAUGAAGCCUUGGUUAUAAAGACUACUGAAGAUAAAGUUAAGGAUAUUACUAAACUUGGUCAACAAACUUUAGGAGAAGAAUUCUUACAUGAUAAAGUAUUCAAAUCAGAAUUAAUGUUUACGAGAAAGAGAGACACUGUUGAAAAUCAAUUAGAUUCUGCCGUUGAUGUAUUUGAUUUCUUUGAUCCAUCAUUAGAUUCAUGUUUAUUAUGGUUAGGUUUACCAAAAGAAUAUAUCCCAAAUACCAAGACUCAAAUCGGUUAUUUCAAUCCAUUAAGUGUGGUUAGUACCGUUAAUAAACAAGUUCAGUCCUUGCGUACCCAAUCUAUUCCAAGUCAAUUAUCAUUACAACUUCUUUAUUCAUCAGGUAAGAUCUUAACUACCGGUGCACUUAUUCGGAAAUUAUAUGAUUAUGGAUAUUUAUUAAAUUUGAAUGUGUUGAAGAAAGUAGGUAUCCCUAUUGUGAUUGGAGUAUCUGGAUUUGCGGUAUAUUAUUUAAUCAGUGAUAUUCCCAACGCCUAUCCAAGAAAACAAGCCAAGAAAUUAAAAUCUCAUAUUGAAAAUAUGGAUUUCGCUCAUAAUAACGCAUCAAGAAUGGUGAAGGAAUGUCGACAAGUAUUGAAUUAUCCUGCUCGACAAGUAUUAAAUAAUUUCCAAACUUCGAUUGAUAAACGAAUUCUGGAAAAGUCUGAUUUGGAAUCUUCGAUUAAAGAUGCUGAGAUUAGUUUUAAAUAUUUUCAUGAAUUACAAAAGAAAAUCGGAUAUCAAAGGGGAUUACUUGAUGAAAUUGAUUUAGAAAGUGUUAAUACUGUGGAUUAG